AUGCUCUGGUUCUCUAGUAUUGCAGCGGUGACAGCCGCUACUUUUGCCAUUGCUACAGCCAUGCCGCAAGCCCAGAAGGCGGCAUCCUCAUACCCUGAGGUGCCCUCUCUUGUGGUCUACCAAUGUCCAUCCAUGGCUACAAUUUCGUAUUCUCUAUCGGUUCCAGACAGGGAACCUUUUCCGAGAACAGAGGUCGGCCUUUGCUACGAUGAUGUGGCCGGUUUUUUGCACAUUAAUUUCACGGCCUUCGAUGAGCAAUACUUCUACUAUGACCCUGAUAUGGGCACCAAUGAUGGCCUCUACGAGUACGAAGUCAUGGAAGCGUUCAUCUACCGCGGCACCAAUGAUCCGCAAACAUACCUUGAGUUUGAGGUUUCACCAGCCAAUGUCACCUGGCAAGCUUUCGUUUACAAUCCGUCCAAGACGCGCGAGACUGGCGCUGUUUUCGAUCACUACUUUAUCAAUGACCCAAUCUACGACGGCUUCAGUGCACAGACGGUCCUCGAUCGGGCAGGCCAGACAUGGAAUUCCUAUGUGCAGAUUCCGCUGGGUCUGUUCAAUAUCGACUCGGGUGAGGCCAGCGGCACGGACUGGAGAAUGAACUUUUUUCGCAUUGUCGAGUCAGAGGAUACUUUUCCAAAUCAGACAUAUGGGGCGUGGAGUCCAGUUCCUGAGCCAAACUUCCACAUGACCCCGUAUCUUGGAGAAGUGCACUUUGAUUGA